AUGACGAGGGACUUGGAGGUAGAUGCUGGAGUUAUGCUUAUAAUAGCAGCAGGAAGGCGUGCCCCAACCCGCGAUCUCCUCUUCCUUACCUCCCCUCCGUCGCCUCUCCCUCCUCCCCGAUGUCGCCUCUCCCUCCUCCCCGCCGUCGCCUCUCCCUCCUCCCCGCCGUCGCCUCUCCCUCCUCCCCGCCGUCGCCUCUCCCUCCUCCCCGCCGUCGACUCUCCCUCCUCCCCGCCGUCGCCUCUCCCUCCUCCCCGCCGUCGCCUCUCCCUCCUCCCCGCCGUCGCCUCUCCCUCCUCCCCGCCGUCGCCUCUCCCUCCUCCCCGCCGUCGCCGCUCCAUCCUCCCUGCCGUCGCCUCUCCUUCCUCCCCGCCGUCGCCUCUCCCUCCUCCCCGCCGUCGCCUCUCCCUCUUCCCCGCCGUCGCCUCUCCCCCCUCCCCGCCGUCGCCUCUCCCUCCUCCCCGCCAUCGCCUCUCCCUCCUCCCCGCCGUCGCCUCUCCCCCCUCCCCGCCGUCGCCUCUCCCUCCUCCUCGCCGUCGCCUCUCCCUCCUCCCCGCCGUCGCCUCUCCCUCCUCCCCGCCGUCGCCUCUCCCUCCUCCCCGCCGUCGCCUCUCCCUCCUCCCCGCCGUCGCCUCUCCCUCCUCCCCGCCGUCGCCUCUCCCUCCUCCCCGCCGUCGCCUCUCCCUCCUCCCCGCCGUCGCCGCUCCUUCCUCCCCGCCGUCGCCGCUCCUUCCUCCCCGCCGUCGCCGCUCCUUCCUCCCCGCCGUCGCCUCUCCCUCCUCCCCGCCGUCCCCUCUCCCUCCUCGUGGUUGCCUCUCCCUCCUCCCCGCCGUCGCCGCUCCCCCCUGA